GCAUCAUCGUCCCUCCUCUUCUUCACAACUCUCUUUCUUCGUCCCUCUCUCUACUCGAGACCUACAGUACACACACGCGCGCAGGCGCCCAUAUAAGCUUAGGCCUGGGGUCACCAACACCACCAGAAUCCGUCACCGCCGGCCACCCCAACUCCCCUCUCCGGCGGCGAAAUUCGGAGAGCUCUUCCGUGCUAGGAGCUACCCCCUCCAGGCUAAGCACCCAGAUAAAAAUUAAGCUGUGCAGGGUUUAACAUGCUUAUGAAUGGCUUGGAGAGGGCUUAACAAAAAGGUUAUACACACCAGUAUUACAAGAGGUUUUAAUUCUGUACCGCCAAGGCCUACAGUUUGGUCAAAAUUUUCAGCUGCUGUUGAGGAUGCAGUAAAAACAUCAGUCCCUGCUCCAUUGAGAUGCAUAUCAGAGUUCUCUUCCAGCUUAGUAUUAUGGCAAUUGGCUCCUCUUGAAAUUCCAGCAGUAUUGUCCUUUACAAGGUGUUUUCAUGCCACUCCGGAGCUAUGGGCUAGAAGAACAAAUAAUGAUAUAGUUCAUGAAAACAAUUCCAAGAACAAGACUUCCAGGAAAGGGAAGUUUGUGAAAAGAGCCAGGACUGAGCCACCUGUUGAAGCUCCUUAUGUGCCUCCUAAACUAAAAAGAACGAACAAAUCCUUGCCAGACAAAACAGUUGACAUAUUUGAAGGCAUGACAAUUGUUGAGCUUGCUAAGCGUACCGGUGAGUCUAUAUCCACUAUGCAGGAUAUUCUUGUAAAUGUUGGGGAAAAGGUUGAAUCUGAGUUUGACCCUCUCAGCGUUGAUAUUGCGGAGCUGGUAGCAAUGGAAGUUGGAAUCAUUGCUAGGAGGCUACACUCCAAUGAAGGUGCAGAAAUUUUACCCAGGCCUGCGGUUGUAACAGUUAUGGGUCAUGUUGAUCAUGGUAAAACUUCUCUUUUGGAUGCUCUACGGCAAACAUCAGUGGCAGCAAAGGAAGCUGGAGGGAUAACACAGCAUCUUGGUGCUUUUGUUGUAAGUAUGUCAUCAGGAGCAGCAAUCACAUUUCUAGACACCCCUGGUCAUGCUGCAUUCAGUGCAAUGCGAGCAAGAGGUGCAGCAGUCACAGAUAUAGUAGUGCUAGUUGUAGCUGCUGAUGAUGGAGUGAUGCCCCAAACUCUUGAAGCCAUAUCUCAUGCAAAAGCAGCUAAGGUGCCAAUUGUUGUUGCAAUUAAUAAAUGUGAUAAACCAGCUGCUGAACCAGAAAGAGUAAAACUCCAGCUUGCUUCAGAGGGCUUGCUACUAGAAGAGAUGGGUGGGGAUAUUCAGGUGGUUCAAGUUUCAGCGAUAAAGAAGACUGGAUUGGAUAGCUUGGAGGAGGCUUUGCUUCUCCAGGCUGAAAUGAUGGAUCUGAAAGCACGUAUUGAUGGGCCUGCUCAAGCUUAUGUGGUAGAGGCAAGACUUGACAGGGGACGGGGUCCAUUGGCUACUGCAAUAGUGAAAGCAGGGACUUUGGUUUGUGGUAAGCAUGUGGUUGUGGGCUCACAGUGGGGCAGAAUAAGGGCUAUUAGGGAUACGACGGGGAAGUUGACAGAGAAGGCAACGCCUGCAAUGCCUGUUGAAAUUGAAGGGCUGAAGGGGAUGCCAAUGGCUGGUGAUGAUAUUGUUGUUGUGGACUCUGAGGAGCGAGCUAGAAUGCUUAGUGAGGGGAGGAAAAGGAGAUUUGAGAAAGAUAGGCUUAGAAAGAUCAGUGAGGGGGCAACAGAAACUCUGGAAUCAUCAGAUGAGGAGUUUAAGAGGGUUGAAAUGCCAAUAAUAGUAAAAGCAGAUGUUCAGGGCACCGUCCAAGCUGUCACUGAUGCAUUGAAGACUUUAAAUAGCCCUCAGGUUUUUGUGAAUGUUGUCCACGUUGGUGUUGGGCCCAUUUCUCAAUCUGAUUUGGAUCUAGCAAAAGCCUGUGGUGCAUGUAUAGUUGGGUUCAAUGUAAAGAGUCCACCUAAUUCUAUCAGUCUGGCAGCGACUCAAGCCAGUAUAAAGGUAGUGUUGCACCGUGUGAUCUAUCACCUUUUGGAAGAAAUGGGCAGUUUGAUAGUAGACAAGGCCCCCGGGAGUUCUGAGACGCAGGUCUCCGGGGAGGCCGAGGUGCUGAACAUAUUUGAGCUCAAAGGAAGGAGCAAGUCGAAGGGAGAUGAUGUGAAAAUUGCGGGCUGCCGGGUCAUUGACGGGCAUGUCUCGAAAUCAUCAACCUUGAGGCUGUUGAGGAGUGGGGAAAUUGUGUUCGAAGGAUCCUGCUCCUCUCUCAAGCGGGAGAAGCAGGAUGUGGAGAGUGUGAGAAAAGGAAGCGAGUGUGGAUUGGUGAUCAGUGAUUGGGAUGAUCUGCGGAUUGGAGAUAUCAUCCAGUGCUUGGAGCAAGUUGUGAGGAAGCCCAAGUUCAUUUCCUCAGAGAGUGGUGCUGUUCGAAUUGAAUGCUGAUAUCCCCUUUG